CCUGAACAAAACAACAUGACGUUCGAAGUAAAAACACAAACAAACUAAAACAAAAAUAGAGAUAGCCUUCCAAACCCUAGUCGCACAAUGCCUCCAUGGCGGCGGUUCAGGAGGGGGACACAUCAACAUCUCUUCAUCUUCUUUCGCUCAUACGGGAUCAGCCGCAUAACGCUCGUCAUCCUCACCAUGGUUCCCUCCGAUCGACUGUGAGGAGACGCCCCACUACUGCUCCUUCCUCUGCGAUACCAGCCCCGACGAAAUCACCUGCACCGCCUUCUCUCUGUUUCCGCUUCGUACUCCUUCGCUCGCCAUCGAUCGUCCGAACCGCACAAAAUCGGCAGAGAGAAGGCCUGCAAAUCGAUCUCCCAAGUGAGACUACUUCCCUACGACGACCUUUGCUGAAGGCCUGGGACUCCCCUUCUUGAUCGAUGUGUCACGAACCACCGGCUCAGGCCAAAGCCGUAGAUGGCCGCGGUUUAGAGGGCGGAAGAGCAACAAUCUGCUUUUUUCGGCCAGUGGAAAAAC